AUGGGGUACGCUUUUGACGGAUGCAAGGAGCGACCGGCGCACAUUGACGAGAUCCUCAACGGGCUCAACCGGUACAACCCCGAAACGACGACGACAUUUCAAGAAUACGUCAACCUGCAAUGCGAAGAGAAAUUCUUCGACGCAUACGCGUCCAUGGCGCUGUUGAAACUAUACCAAUUUAACCCGCAACUCCUUCAUCCCGACACCGUCACCAGCAUCCUCGUCAAAGCACUGACGGUGUUCCCAUCCCCCGCCUUCUCCCUCUGCCUCGCCCUCCUUCCACCUUCCACAAUCCCGUACAGCCCAGGCAACACAUCCAUUCCCACCACCGACCUCACAGAGUCAAUACAAAAGCUCACACGUCUGAACACUCUGCUCGAAUCGGCGCAAUACGAUGCAUUCUGGGCGACGCUGGAAUCCGAUGAUCUGUACUCAGAUCUCUACGCCGACGUCGUGGGCUUCGAGGACCUUGUCAGGAUACGUAUUGCAGGGGAAGUGGGCAAGACUUUCAGACAAAUCGAUCUGGGGGUCUUGAGUGGGUGGCUGGAUUUGAGGGGGGACGCGUUGGUGAAGUUCGCACAGACGGCCUGUGGCUGGAGAGUCAAUGGGCAGCAGGUCGAUAUCCCGGCGAAUGCGGAGAAUGAGGCCAAGAGCGAGACCAAGGGGGAGAGGGUCGGGGUGGAUAUGUUUGGACGGGUGUUCAGAAGGGGUUAUGAGGCGCCUGCUUGA